AUGGACGAUGAAAAAGGUACACUUGGCGGACUUUCCACAUCCCUGAAGGCCGAGCUCGAGCCACAGCAUGCCGAUCUCCUACUUUACGCUUCCUACAACACUUUUGUCUCUAUGCAAACAGGAAACACCAUCUUCGUCGGGCUAGGUGCAUCGCACCAAAACCUGCGUCCGUAUGGCUGGGCACGGUCGCUCACAUCCAUCGGAUGUUUCAUCCUCGGUUCCUUCAUUUUCUCACGAUUACAUCGCGCCCUUGGCGCCCGGCGACGAGCGUCAUUGAUGUUGUCUUUCACCUCACAGGCCAGUAUCAUCCUCCUCACGGCAGGACUAGUCCAAGGAGGUGCCGUUUCUAGUACGCUAGCUGGCAAUAAUUCACAUGCAGUGCCCCCAUGGGAUCAGGAGGUCCCGAUUGUUCUCCUGAGUCUGCAGUCUGCCGGUCAGAUCGUAGCGAGUCGUGCCUUGGGUUUCAAUGAGAUCCCGACCGUGGUGAUUACUAGUCUUCUCUGUGAUCUGAUGUCGGAUCCCCAGCUGUUUCUUGUGAGGAACGUGAAACGGGACCGGCGAAUCAUUGCCUUUCUGCUGACGCUUGUGGGUGCUAUCGUCGGUGGAUGGGUCACCAAGGUCACUGGGGCGAUUUCUCCCAUUCUCUGGCUAUCUGCUGGUAUCAAGGGCUUGCUCGUCUUGGCCUGGGCCUUAUGGAAGGCGAAGUAG